AUGGUGAUGUGUCUGGUCACAACUCUUUCGGCAUCCCGAGAUGAUUCUGUACCAGACUUCAUAGAACAUGUCCUCAGAAUUCCCAACCCCGAGAAGAUUCUUAAUUCAGUGGUUUCAAGACUGCAAGCCAAACAAGAAGGAUUGAGGGAAAGACCGAGAUACGACGAUGCAGAUUGUGACCCGGAUGAUGAACUUCCUGAAUAUACCGAAUCGAUCAAGGAAGCAAAGGAACGUGAAUUACGACAUUACAUUGGAACACAGAAGCAUUAUCCAAUUUGCAAUCUGGAGCGAGUAAUAAUAAGGUUAAAUACUAAUGAAUAUGAAUAUAGACCGGCUUACUAUGAAGAGGUGAGAUGUAACACUAUCUCCAGAGACAAUGCCGGUAAUUAUAACGAGAUAUGCUCGAGUCUUGGAUUUUCCUGUGUUCAAUGGAAUAAAACAAUUCACUUAACGAGAAGACGAUAUUCUAGUGAUUGUUGGGAAACGAAGACGAUGGUUAUACCGGCUGGUUGCGAGUGUAUGUGGCCGAUAAAUAAACUCGGUGACAUUGCGGCUCAUGUAUGA